AUGCAGCCGCAACGGGAGCGCGCAGUGACUGCGGGUAACGUGACAGACGGUGCGCUGUUGUCGUCAGCGGACGCGACCGGCCGCGAGAGUUGCCGUACCAGCGACGAGAGCAGUGACAGUGUAGCCAUUCCACAGAGCAGUGCGACCUCAGCGCGUGGCCCGCGACGCAGCAAACGGACGUCGAGUCGCUCGCAGUCGUCGCCCGCGUACGCGACACGCGCAGCUGCCUCGUUGCCGGUGACAGAGAGCGUGCGUCUGGGCCGGUUCCGGUACUUGAAACCGGACGAGAUUCAGAGCGGACGGCUCGCCGACUAUGACUUUGCUGUGAUUGUGAACCGGAAAGUAGAGCUGCCGGGGUGCGUCGCGAGGGCGAUGGAGUGCUCGUGUUGCUGCGGAGGGAGCGCGUCUGCCAGCGCAGCUUCGCUGGGAGACCCGCGGACCCGCGGCUGCCUGGACAGCCUGGCCGACGCGUCGCACGAACGCUCGGGCUUUCGACGACUGUGUCGAGCCAGUUCGUACCACAUCAGUGAGAGUGAAGAUGAACACCGCAGGAUUGUCACGGAGCUCUGCGGGCAAGGACUGGAAGUGGACAUGAUUGAUGGUGGUGAUGAAAAUGGAGAGAUGCACUCAGGGUACCUCAUUCUGCUGGUGCGCGCACCGGAUCCAGUGGUCAUGUCGCUGGUGAAGCAGUUUCGCACGCACAUGUGGAUGGAACACGGUGCCGUCGUGGACAUGGAGCACGACGUGGCCGGGCGCCGCGAUGACCCGACGACUCCUGCUGAACGGAUCGAGAUUGUGGACUACAUUAUUGAACAGCGGGCGCGAUUGACGAAACAUGACGUUUGGAUUCACGAUCUGUUUCCGAUGCACAACAAGAGCGUGACAAACACACUGAUUCGUCGAUGGGUCGCGUCCUGGCGACUCCAUGAGGUGGGUGACAAAAAGGUGUUGCUGUCACUGCGCUACAAUUUCGGUGAAAAGGUGGCAUACUACUUUGCGUUCCUCAAGUACUACAACACGUGGCUCGUACCGCUCGCAGCAAUUGGCAUUUUGCUCGAGCUUUCGCGCGGUGUAAUCACCACGACAACGUACAUGCGUAUUCUUCCGUUUUGGGGUCUGGGCGUGUCGGUCGUAUGGGGUUUCGCGUUUCUCAAGUCGUGGGAGCGCGAAAACGCGUGUAUACAGUACGAUUGGACAGGGAAGCUGCAUGUCAAGCAAAUUGAGUAUCGGAACAAGCGGUUCUUUGGAGAGUCUCGAGUAAACGCGAUGACUGGUGAAGCAGAAUUGGUGUAUCCGGCGUGGCGACGGAUGCCCAAAUACUUUUGCGUCUUUUUAUUCAUGCUGUGCCAGAUGCUGAUCAUGAUGGUUCUCGUCGCAAGCUGGGUAACGAUAUAUGAGAUUUUGAAAGUGCGGUACAAGGAGAGCCACAUUUUCUCGACACAGUGGUUUCUCAUUUUGCUAGAAGGAUGUGUCUUUGGCUUCUUUGUCGACGUCGUGCAGUGGAACAUGGUGGUCACCAAGAUGGGUGCUUUGUUCACACAUUGGGAGAACUAUCGAACCGAAGAGCAGUACGAGAAGGCAUUGAUUCGAAAGCUGUUUUUGCUCGACUUUCUGAACUACUUCACUUGGUUUUUCUCGCUAGCGUUUGUGUUUGUGAUUCCCGGGCUGGGCAACUUUUUGACAAAUACGUUGAAUCACACGUUUUUCGGCGACGCUAUGAAUUGUUGCUUCGGCCCGUAUGUGGACCAAGAUGGCUCGUGCACGAUGUGUCCCGUGGGUGAUAAGGACGUUGCUUGUAUCGAGUGUGUCGGGUUCUUCACCUUCGAUCGUCGCCACGUGGACUUGGGCGCUAUGUUUGUCACUCCCAUCGUGAUUACACAGCUGCUGAACAUACUGUUGAGGCUACUGACACCCAUUCUGGUGCGAAGACGUCGUGAAACCGCUCAGGCGCAUGCUGAUGCACUAGCACAGAAGCGCGUCCUCGAAGCAGGCUCCAUCAAGAUUUUGGGAUCUCUAGACUAUGCAGACCAGAAGGCGUCCCAAUUCGACAACAAGUCCAGUUCGCGGUAUCUCGAGUACACCCCUUCGGAGAUUGAGGUUCUCAACAAGAAGGCUCGUGAGAUUCUGUUCGACAGCGAGCAAGAUACUUACGAUCCGUACGACGACUUCCACGUGCUAACGGUGCAGUUUGCUUUCACCGUCAUGUUCUCAAUGCUGUGGCCGUUGAUGCCGUUUGCUUGCUUCCUGAUAAACAGCAUCAAGGGCCGCACGGAUGGGUACCGACUAUGCAAGACGCUCAAACGUCCGAUUCCACGACGCGCCAACGGCAUUGGCGCUUGGAACGGUAUCCUUACCACUUAUGCGUACAUCGCGGUCAUCGUGAACGUAUUACUGAUCUGCAUCUCGACUGGUGUGCUGGAGUUUUUUGACGCAACGUGCGUGGCCGAUAUCCGACACCAGCUCGAAAAGCAGGGAAAAAGUCUCGACGACUUUACAUUCGGUCCAGACUUUGGCUGUAUCCAUAUCGCAUGGCGCCUUCUGUUUAUUCUUCUGUUGGAGCACUUGUUUGUGGCAAUAGCCUAUGCGAGCACGCGGCGCGUUCCUGGCAUCCCCAGCUGGAUCAGAGAUGUUAUGAAUGUGAGAGAAACCAAGUUUAAGAAGCUGUUGCGUGAGCACGAGCUGGAGUUGUUUCCUCCAACUAGUGGGAGCGACAAUGAAGGAAGCAGUGGUGGUGGCAUGACCGUGGGUGAGCGAAGUGAAAGAGAUGAAAGCUCGGUGUCGUCUGACGAAUGCCGUAUGGAGAUCAAGCGUCUUGUUGGUUCGCGGAGUGGAGCAACGUCUGUCGUGAGUCGAAGCACGCGUGCUUCCUCAUUGCAGCAAUUAUCUCUGACUCCAACGGCAGCAGUGCCUCGUGUAGUUUCGACCGAUCCGAUGACACCUCUGUCGCGAGCCCCUGGCGACAUGGAGUUCCCGACUAGCACUGGAGUUCGCACAGAGGCUCGUGCAAAGCUAGCACGGCAGUGGUCGGACGGUUCAGACAACUAG